CUCUCUGAGCUGCGCUGGAAGCGUCAGCGAGGCUGCGCCAGUGUUGCAUCAGUCACACACGCCACCGUCCGUCUCCAAGACGAGCCCUGAGGAGAGCUGACACAUGUCACUCGGUCCAGAUUGAGGCCCUGGAGUGCGCGGCAGGAUGUGGAUCCAGGACGACAUGAUGCGUCUUUUGUCUGCAGCCUGCACGACGUCUCACCGGAAGCUCCACGGAAGUCCAAGGUCAAGAUGGCUGCUCUCUACUGCCACUCUCAGGGCGCGGUGCCACCAACUGUGAUGCGGCAUGAGAGACACCACUCAGGUGACUGGAACCAGGAGGAAGUUUGCUGUCGCCUCCACGUCGCAGGAGGGAACCUUCUGACCACAUACAUCUGGAAGACAACAAGCACCGGGGUUUAUUCGGCUGCCGCAGCAGAAGGUCCUCAUCCCAUCUGAGGUUGCCGUGGCAACUGAUGACUGCUGAAGGCGGAGAGCAAUUUAUGAGGCCUGACGCAUACCUGCGCCCCCUGAGAGAAAGAGAGAGAGACAUGUGGGCGGUGACGUCAGGCGGAUUCACCAGGCUUCUGAAGAGGCCUACUGCCAUCCACUGGUGGAACCCUGCGACGACGACCAGCCCGACUCCUGAGGUCUCCCUGAGGAAGGUCCGUCGAGUCGUGACGUCACAGAGCUGCAGAGUCACCGACGUCGCACGGCUCAGGCUGCUGCUCCUGAAGGCUGUGAUGGGGUUAACCCCACGCUCUCACUGAGGACUGGAGGAAGCGCCGUCAUGGGGUCCGACCUGCAGGGGGCGCUACAACGUCACCAUGUUCUCCCCCCAGUGAUGAAGAAGAGGCAGGCCUCCUCAUGAGCACAGGCUUGACCCAUGCUGCCCCCCCCCCAGCUAUAAUCGAUGGCUGCUUUACUGCUGCCUCUAAACCUGGAGCAGGAUAUCAGAGCGGGAUUGACGAGCUCUGGCUUUAUCUCUUUAAUUAGGAAUGUAAAAGAUCUGGAUCUCCCGAGGCCAGAGCCCCGUUUAUUUCCUCUCCCUCCAUCAGUCAUGUUUAUGUCCCUCCUCACCGCCCUCUGCUGGUUCUCCCCCGCCAACACCAACGUGUCCCUUCACUGCACUGACAUGAUGCAGGCUCUUGUCUGGGUCUCCUCCCGAUUCCCAAGUGAUGGUUCUUGACAGAUGUGAGUCUGUCUGGUAUUUUGAAUUUCGGUUUAACCUAAACUUGCUUCAAUCAUCUCACUGUGACACUCCGUCCAUUAUUAAACAAAGUAAAUGAUAAUAAAUAAGUACAGUGGUACCUCGGUUUUCGAACCUCCCGGACUUCAAACAAAUCAGAGUUCAAACUAAAUUUUCUAGAUUUUUUUGCUUUGGAUUUCGAAUGAAAAUCCAGAACUCGAACGCCCCGAAAAAAAACGGAAAAAACAUAACGCACACGGACCGAUCAGCUGACGCACGAGGCGCUUUGUUAUUGUGUAUAACGCAGCCUCUGUAUGCAGACGUGUCCCGUUACCUCCUUCUUCAUAUUGAGGUGUCAAACCUUUCCUGUCUCCGCAUUGGACCGUGGUCGAGUGUCACAGGGGAGGUGCCAGGGUUUGAUGUCCUGUUGUGGGCUGGAGCUGGGACAUGGAUGAGGCGAGUCUGGGACAGAGCGUGACUUGGUUUAUGACUUUGUCACAGCCAAACUGCACAGAAGCGCACAUUCAGAGCUGGACGCGCACCGGGCACCUCUUCACUUCUGGAGAGACGUCACUCACUCGGCAACCCCUCCCACAUGCAGCGGCCACACACACAGAGGAACAGCGCACCUGCAGCAGACACUCGACAUUCACUCCUACAAAAGACUACUUUUAGGCUUGGAACGCAUCGUUUCCAUUCAUUGUAAUGGGAAAAAUCGAUUCAGAUUUCAAACAGCUCGCUUCGCAAACGGCCGUCUGGAACGGAUUGUGGUGGAGAACCGACGUACCACUGUAUAUAAAAACCAUGACACAUCAUCCAGGAACAUGUAUCAACCCUGUGAGGCAUGAAGCACCAAACAGUGGACAGAGAGCUCCACUUCUUAAAAACUGAGGUCUCUAUUGGUCCUUGAGAAGAAUUUAAAACCAUCACUACACACGUGUGUAUCUCAUGUAAAAUAUCUGAUCCACAGCAAAAGGUCUUAUUUGAAUGAUAAUGUAAAACCAUGUGUUCAGUGGAGCUAGUAACUAGUUCAGUUCUGGUUAUUAUUAGGAGGAGAGACACUGAGGACACCUCGCUAUACCAGACCAGACUUUUGAAGACUACGACCCGUCGGCGCUCGAGCUCCUCCGUGACUGUGACUGAGGCACUCAGUGGGAGGUGGUGACGCGGAGCUUGAUCCUCGAUUCUUCCGCAGUCAUGGCAACUUGAAUGGACCGCUUUAAUGAGGAGAUCAAAAGAGUCGUAUAGUUGAUGGAACCUCUGUCGUCACAGGUCGAGUGAUUAUUUCUGAGUCAGGGGCCGGACGUUUGCACCAUCUCCUCGGUGAUUCGCCUGGAGUCCCAGGUGUGCAGUGGAUUCCUCUGGAGACACUGAUGAUGGAAGUCAGAAUUGUCCUUUGUUGCUCAUCUUUGCAAUGAGAAUGAAGGCAGGCAGCUCACGAAGAGAGUCGACGCGGAUGGAUGAAUACACAGAAGCAUGCGCUUAAAUGGUUGGCUCUGCUUUUGAGGCUCCGCCUCCCGGCCUUUGGUUCAAAGGCCAGUCAGCAGGUGCUUUCAUGUGAAGACAUAUAUGCGCUCACGCGGCACUGUGGCUGAAGACACCUUCAAAUGUCGGGGAUAUCCUGAGCGAGCAGCGCUCUGACUCUCACCUGCUUCUCACUGUGAGCAUUCAUUAACUUUGGUGGGGUCCAAGGUCAAACCGGCUCGCCCUCUUAUCAGCUGCAGCAGACACUUGACACUCCUCCGAGACGUUACAGGCUGGACAUUGACCAGGUCACCUCAGGUGGAUCUGCUGUUCUCCACACAAACUCGGACUUCUGACUUGAACUGCAGAAAUGACGCCGUCGGGGCCUCUAGACCUGAGCGAGCCGCUGGUGGACCACCAGGAAGGCCAGCGCUUCCUCAAGGAGGCCUUCAGCAUCAUCUUGGAGGAGGUCUUCUGCAAAGGCACCGACGUCCAGGAGAAGGUGUGCGAGUGGAAGGAGCCUGAGGACCUGGCGCAGCUGCUGGACCUGACGGUGCGGGACUCCGGGGAGCCUCCAGAGCGGCUGCUGGAGCGAGUGCGGGACGUGGCCAAGUACAGCGUGAAGACAAAUCACCCUCGCUUCUUCAACCAGCUCUACGCUGGGAUGGACUACCACUCCAUGGCCGGACGCUUCCUGACCGAGGCCCUCAACACCAACCUCUUCACGUACGAGGUGGCCCCAGUCUUCGUGCUGAUGGAGAACGAGAUCUUGAGAGCACUUCGUCAGCUGGUCGGCUGGACGGACGGCGACGGGAUCUUCUGUCCCGGAGGCUCCACCUCCAACAUGUACGCCAUGAACCUCGCACGCUUCCACUUCUUCCCCCAGGCCAAGACCCAGGGCCUGUGUGGCCUCCCCAGGCUGGUCAUCUUCACGUCGGCUGAGAGCCACUACUCUGUGAAGAAGGGAGCGGCGUUCCUGGGCUUCGGCACCGACAACGUCGUGGCGGUGGACGUGGACGAAGGAGGUCGCAUGAUUCCGGAGGACCUGGAGGAAAAGAUCAACAUCAGCAAGUCUCAGGACGCCGUUCCCUUCCUGGUCAGCUGCACCUCGGGGACUACGGUUCAAGGCGCCUUCGACCCGCUGAGCAGCAUCGCAGACGUGUGCGAGAAACACAAGCUGUGGAUGCACGUGGACGCAGCGUGGGGAGGAAGUGUCCUCUUCUCUGACAAACACAAGCACCUCAUGACAGGUGUGGACAGAGCCAACUCGGUGGCCUGGAAUCCUCACAAGAUGCUGGUGGCUGGUCUGCAGUGCUCGGCCUUCCUGCUCAAGGACAACACGAACCUGCUGAGGAGGUGCCACUGUGCCCAGGCGUCCUACCUCUUCCAGCAGGACAAGUUCUACGACGUCACCAUGGACAUCGGGGACAAGUCGGUGCAGUGCAGCCGCAAGGUGGACUGUCUGAAGCUGUGGCUCAUGUGGAAGGCUGUGGGCUCGGAUGGCCUGGCCCGGAGAGUGGAGAAGGCCUUUGUCAACACCAGGUACCUGGUGGAGGAGAUGAAGAAGAGAGAAGGAUUCCAGUUGCUCAGAGAGCCCCAGUUCGUCAACGUGUGCUUCUGGUUCAUCCCGCCGACUCUGAGAGGGAAGGAGAGGAACGCCGAGUUCUGGCAGCGACUGGGAGAGGUGGCGCCCGUGAUCAAGGAGCGCAUGAUGAAGAGGGGGUCCAUGAUGGUCGGGUACCAGCCCCUUGGCGACCGGGUCAACUUCUUCCGGCAGGUUCUGAUGUCGCCGCUGGUGUCCAACAGAGACAUGGACUUCUUGUUGGACGAGUUUGAGAGACUCGGGAGUGACUUGUGAGCCAUGUCGUGCACAAGUACCCGGGUCAGGCCAACCCCGGAUCAGCUCACCAAAUUGCUCAGUGACAGCGGGUCUGGGGACUUGGUGGAGGCGUGAUCAAACCUAUACGAGGAAGACAAGGAAGGCUGUCGCCAGUGGAUCCAAAAAAAAAAAAAAGAUCACUUGGAUGAGUGAAUUCAGUUUGGGUCAGACAGAAAAAUCUUCUACAGUAUCCUCUCUGAUCGUUUUCUAUCUAUAGCCUUAAAAAAACCCAAAAUAACAGUGACGUCAGAGUUGGACAUUUCAUGGCGUGUAACUGUAAGUUGAACAGGUGAAAUGAGGAUCCACCCGCUGCCCAGGCUGAGCUCACGGUGUGUGUCGCGUGUGACCUGCAACUUCAAUAAACAGGCUUCAUGA